UGUGAGUGUGAUGCCAUGGUGGAGUCAUCGAGACGACGAUAUAUACACAGGCAGAGUGGCAACGUCAGUGCAGCAGCCGUGACAUGUCCGGUGCACCCGAGAGUGCGCGCCCAAUGUCUGCCCACGGCAAGCAGCAGCCGCUGCUACGCUACCCCGCGCCCGCCGCCGGCAACGGCAGCGGCAGCGGCAUGGGGAGGCGCAGGUACCUCGCCUUCCUAGCCAUCGCCGCGGCCCUGGUCGCCUCCUACCACCUCCUCCACGCGCCCACCCCGUCGUCGCGCUACCACGCGCUCUUCCUCACCCUCGGCUCCAAUGCCAGCGCCGCCGCGCACCUCCGCGCGCUCACACUCCGCCCGCACGUCGCCGGCACCCAGGCCAACGCCCUCGCGGCCGAGUACGUCCGCGCCACGCUCUCCUCCCUCUCCUUCCCCACCCGCGUCACGCCCUACUCCGUCCUCCUCUCCUACCCCGUACACCGCUCCCUCUCCCUCUCUGCGGGGCCCGGUCGCCCCAACAACGUCUUCCCCCUGGUCCAGGAGACCUACCCUGGCGACCCCUACGCCGAGGCGGCGGCCGAGGUCGUUCCCACCUACUUCGCCUACUCCGGCUCCGGCUCCGUCACCGCCGAGGUCGUGUACGCCAAUUACGGCGACAGGAAGGACUACGCCUACCUCGCCUCCCGCGGCGUGGACGUCGCGGGGAAGGUUGUGCUCGCGCGCUACGGGGAUAUCCACUGCGAGGACAUGGUGAGGAAUGCUCGCGACGCCGGCGCCGCCGCGGCGAUCAUCUACACCGACGCCAAGGACUUCGGCGGUCCCGCGGCCAAGGGGAAGCAGAAGUGGUUCCCCAACACGCGGUGGCUCCCGCCAAGCGGCGUUCAGGUGGGGACCCUGUACUACGGGAACGGCGACCCGACCACGCCGAUGUGGCCGUCGUGCGCCGCAGGGGAGGACUGCGAGCGUCUGAGCAUGGAGGAGCUGGACGCGAGCGAGGCGAUGCCCGGCAUCCCCGCGCUGCCGGUGUCGGGGAGGGACGGGGAGACAAUCCAGAAGGCGAUGGGCGGCGGCGUGGCCCCACCGGAGUGGCAGGGCGGCGAGGGCGCGCCUGUGUACCGGAUCGGGCCCGGCCCAGCCGUGCUGAAUCUCACAUACAUCGGAAAUGACACCCUAGCAACCAUCGAAAAUGUCUUUGCUGUGAUAGAAGGGAAAGAAGAGCCUGACAGAUAUGUGAUCAUAGGCAACCAUCGUGAUGCCUGGACAUUUGGGGCAGUCGAUCCCAACAGUGGAACAGCAGCUAUGCUCGAGAUUGCAGAGAGGCUGUCCCAGCUAGAAAAGAAAGGAUGGAGGCCAAGGCGAACAAUCAUCGUGUGCAGUUGGGAUGCAGAGGAGUUUGCGCUGAUAGGGUCUACGGAAUGGGCCGAGGACAACAUCGAUAUAAUUGGUUCAAGAGCUGUUGCUUAUCUGAAUGUGGACAUAUCAGUGUUUGGGCCUGGAGGUCUUGUGCCCCGCGCAACCCCUCAACUCGAUGAAUUGAUCCAGGAAGCAAGCAGAAUGGUACCCGAUCCUGAUGAUCCGUCUCAUACCUUGUAUGACUACAUGAUUCGCCAGAAUCCUCCGAUUGCAAGAGUGGCCGGUGCGGGAACAGACUUUGCAGCUUUUGUCCAGCAUAUUGGAGUCCCUUCACUCGACAUGUCUUAUGGACUAUUUUCAGAGUACCCUGUUUACCACUCGCUGUACGAUGAUUUUGUUUGGAUGCAGCGGUUUGGAGACCCCCUGUUCCACAGACAUGUAGCAUUGGCGAGCGUCUGGGGUCUGAUUGCUUUGAGACUUGCAGAUGAUGAGAUCAUUCCCUUCAAUUAUGUCUCCUACGCGUCUGAACUGGAGGAGAGCUCAAAAGUUGUGGAGGACGGAUGCCCUGGGUGUGCCGUCAGUUUCAGCCCUCUGCACAAGUCAAUCAAGCAGCUUGAGAAGGCUGCCAUGAAAAUUCACAUGGAGAAGAAGGUGCUGCAAGCAGAUAAAUGGGGCCUAAACACGAGGGAACGCACACUGAAAGUCAGAGAGAUGAACGACCGCUUGAUGAUGGCAGAGCGAGCCUUUACCAACAGAGAAGGGCUCGCGGGGAGACCGUGGUACAAACACAUGAUUUAUGCGUCGUCGGACCAGGACGACUGGGGCACCAAGGCGUUCCCCGGCAUCGUCUCGGCCAUGGCCAACGCGCAGAAGCUCAACACGUCGGAGUCCUGGCGGCUGUUGCAGCAUGAGAUUUACAGGGGUGCAAGGGCCGUGUCCAAGGCCUCUGCGGUCCUGGAUGGCAGGCUAACAUGAUGCGGAGUAGACAUCAGCACAGAGCACAGCAAGGAAUUUACCGGUGCAAAUAAGUAGGGAGAGGGAAAAAGAAUCAACACUUGGCUCAUAAAUGAUUGACGAAUCACCCCCUUGUUGAUUCUCUCUUGAGAGUAGCAGCAAUAAUUUUCGCAAAAACAUUAGAGAGUAGCACCAAUAAGUUAGCGUGUCAUUUUUUACCUUUCGCCAUCAGAGUGUAGCUCAUCAAAUUGGUCAGCAAAAAGUGUGUCGAUGGAUGA